GGCUGGUGCUGGGAGUCGCUGCAGUGACGUCACCACUCUCAGCUGUUCUCUCUACAAUGGCAGCCGGAGACAGGGAAGCCGAGGCCUGACAGCCGCCCGAGGGUUUUCUCACAAAGCCUUCACCGUUCUAUCAUGGCGAGCCCCGUGGUGCGUCAGAUUGACAAGCAGUUCCUCAUCUGCAGCAUCUGUCUGGAGCGCUACCAUGUCCCGAAGGUCCUGCCAUGUCUGCACACCUUCUGUGAGAAGUGUCUGCAGAGCUACAUUCCGCCACAGAGCCUGACCCUGUCCUGCCCGGUGUGCCGACAGACCUCCAUCCUCCCAGAACGAGGGGUCUCUGCUCUACAGAAUAACUUCUUCAUCACCAACCUUAUGGAAGUUCUGCAGAGGAGCCCGGAGAGUGGGCGACAGGAGCAAAGUGUCCUCCCAUGUGAUGGCCACACGUCUGCAACCUCUCUGUCCUGCCCCAAUCACCAGGGCAAGACGAUGGAAUAUUAUUGCGGACCAUGUGAGACGGCCAUGUGUGUGGAGUGCACAGAGGGGGAACACCGGGAACAUUGCACCGUCCCACUGAAAGAUGUCCUGGAUCAGCACAAAGCGUCACUGCGCAGCCAGCUAGACAGCAUACGGAGCAGAAUCCCCCAGUUGACUUCGGCCAUUGACCUGGUGAGUGAAAUCAGUCGUCAGCUCAGCGAAAGGAAGAACGCCGCCGUGAAUGAGAUCUGCUCCACAUUUGAGGAGCUGGAACGGGCUCUACAGCAAAGGAAGAACUCGCUUCUUCAGGAUCUGGAGAGCAUCUCUGGUAGCAAGCAGAAGGUUCUGCAGACUCAGCUCUCGUCCCUCAGACAAGGUCUGGAUAACAUGGAGAGCAGUGUGCGUUUCACCGAGCAGGCUCUUGGUCAUGGCUCAGAGACAGAAGUCCUCCUGGUGAGAAAGCAGAUGAGCGAGCAGCUGAACGAGUUGGCCUCCCGAGAUUUCCCCCUCCAUCCACAGCAGAACCCGCAGUUAGAAUUCCGAGUGGAGACAGAUGGGCUACGCCGAUCUCUUCAAAACCUGGGAGCGCUUCUAACCACUAGUGCGGUGGCCUAUGCCUCAGUGGCUACAGGAGAGGGUCUGCGCCAGAUGCUGGUGGGACACCAAACCUCUGUCACCGUUACAACAAAAGACAAGGAUGGAGAAUUGGUCCGAAGUGGUAAUGCCAUCUUACAGGCCCAACUGACGGGUCCAGAUGGAGGGGCCCACGAUGGAGAGGUGACAGACAAUAAGAACGGCACUUAUGAGGUGCUCUACACUCCUCGCCAUGAAGGGGAGCACCAGCUCUCUCUGCGGCUCUAUGGCCAACCUCUUCGUGGAAGCCCCUAUCGGGUGAAAGCAGUAAAGCCAGGAGAUGUGCCAGCCUCACCGGAAGACGUGAAACGAAGAGUGAAGUCUCCCAGUGGUGGACAUAUACGACAGAAGGCAGUGAGGAGGCCGUCCAGUAUGUACAGCACCAACAAGAAGAAGGAGAACCCUAUAGAGGAUGAGAUGAUCCUCCGAGUAGGGUCCCGUGGUCGAGACAAAGGUGAAUUCUCCAACUUACAAGGCAUUUCAGCUUCCAGUAACAACCGCAUUUUGGUGGCGGACAGUAACAACCAGUGUAUACAGGUCUUCUCCAAUGACGGUCAUUUUAAGCUGCGCUUCGGUAUACGAGGCCGGUCACCGGGACAGCUGCAGCGUCCUACAGGCGUGGCCGUGGACAUGAACGGUGACAUCAUUGUGGCAGAUUAUGACAAUCGCUGGGUCAGCAUCUUCUCUCCUGAGGGGAAGUUCAAGAACAAGGUGGGUGUCGGUCGUCUUAUGGGUCCUAAGGGAGUGGCGGUGGACCGAAAUGGACAUCUGAUUGUUGUGGACAACAAGUCCUGCUGCAUCUUCAUCUUUCAGUCGAAUGGGAAGCUGGUGGGAAGAUUUGGAGGCCGCAAUCCAGGAGAUAAGCAGCAGACCGCGAGUCUCGAUGGUCCCCAUUUUGUGGCCGUCAAUAACAAGAAUGAGAUUAUAGUGACGGAUUUCCACAACCAUUCAGUGAAGGUGUACAGCGCAGAAGGAGAAUUCCUCUUUAAGUUUGGCUCUCACGGAGAGGGGAACGGUCAGUUUAACGCCCCCACCGGAGUCGCUGUGGAUUCUAAUGGAAACAUCAUCGUGGCUGACUGGGGAAACAGCCGGAUUCAGGUGUUUGACAGUUCUGGCUCAUUUCUGUCCUACAUUAACACCAUGGCUGACCCCCUGUAUGGUCCACAGGGGCUGGCGCUCACCUCUGAUGGUCAUGUGGUGGUUGCUGACUCGGGAAACCAUUGCUUCAAGGUCUACAGGUAUCUGCAGUGAUAUUGAGGGACAGGAGGCUCGGCGGGCUCAGCUGUCCGUGCCGUGUACAUGACGUCUGCCCGCUCUCUGUUUAUUCUUCCUGAAGUGGUGUUUCCUUGUCCAUCCUAAGCCGCCAGUUCCUUGUCCUAGUGCCAGACGCUGCGGUGCCCCUCUGUCUUCUGCACAAGUGACGUCUAUUGACCUCUAUCCUCCCGCUUUCUUCUGUCCUCCACCCGGAGUUCCUGCUAUGGACGCUGCUAAAUGUUUACGACAUGUAGAGAGGAAUGCGGAUGAGCCAUUGUCUCCACCGCGCUGUUUGCAAGCCAACCGAUGACUGGUGGGAUCGAUCGGCGCCAGCGAGCUUCACCCUGUGGCUGAGGACAUUUGCACUGAUGGGAUACGUAUUACGAUGGAAGUAGACGAGCCCUUUCUGGACAGUCCGUGGCCAUGCUGUAUCUGCCAGUAGUACACGCCUUGGAUGUGGGGCGUCACACGUGUGGUCUCCGCUGCUCCCGGGACAGACAUGGGUCAUCCUUCAGUAGAGCAGGGCACAGGGUGCAGCUCUGAAUGUAACCUCCUGAAAGGUAAACAGGGUCUCAGCCGGUUUCGGGGUUUCCCAGCAUGCUGUUCUCAUAAGCUCCGCCCACAUGGUGACCUGGCCCAGGCUCCUCCCCGCCCCCAUGAGGUUAUGAAGGCUGCAGCUGUUGUACUGAUGACAUGUGUGACCGCACCCUGGUCCUGGGUGACAUCCGGACAUUUUAUUUCUGUACGUUUUUUUAUUUGAUUGGCAUUUCAUCAGCAGUGUGCCGCGGUGUAGACCCCGCUGGGAUACCUUGUGCCAAAUACUGCAGAAGUGGUGCCAGUCCAGCAUGGCUGCCAUAUCUGUCUCCACGGUCCUGGGGCUUUGGGGGGGUUUGCCGUCUGCAGCUCAUUGUUUUUAUUUUUUUACGUUUUCACUGUAUUUAGUUUUUUACAUUUAUUUUGUAUGCACUGUCAUGAAUGUAACUUCCUGCUUCUCGCCAAGUCACAUGCACAUAAAACCAGCACCGAUUGGCCGAGCCGCUGCGGUUACCAGUAAGUGUCGGGAAGAUGGCAGACAUGGUGAAGAAUGAAUGUGAUUGGGGGCAGUGUGCAGAGGUUGUUACACACUGCAUGGCCGUACAUGGGAAUAUGAGUGACAACCUCCGCGAGCCCGUCUCUCGGGUGGUCCUGCUUUUCCUUGUUGGAUCAGACAUGGAGCAGUAAUAAUUAUCAUGUAUUUAAUCGAAUAUCGCAGGGUCUAAAUUCACCGUUCCAUUUCCUCUUCUGAUCCGUCAGAAGAACA